ACCGUGAAGUGAGUCGGCCGGGUCUUCGCCGUGGCGCGGCGGCUUGGAUGGGUGCGGGCCUGUCAGCUGAGCGAGUGUUGGUUACAGUAAGCGGCGCUAAUGGGAGCUUCUGAACCGACUCCGCGGUUACACCCGCAGGUUAGCUAACAUUAGCCGCCUAGCAUCAGAGCGGCUCGCGGUGAAGUGUGUGCGGCAGCGGGAUUAUCUCCUUCCGCUCCUGGAGCUCUGCAGCUUUCAGAGCGGACACAGCAGAGUCCCCCACUCAGGUUCUGAGUGAAGGGCUUCUCUGGAUCCCACCUGUGCAUGCUGCAGCUCUCCUGAGGUUGCAGUUUGAGUGCUGCCCCCCCACCCCCACCCCCAGCUCCACCUGCCUCUCAUCAUGUCCUCCACCUCCUCUUCAUACUCCUCCUCAGGGGAGACCAGUCCGGAGGAUGUGCCUCGGGGCGGGGGUACCAUCCGAGUCUACCUCCCCAACAAACAGAGGACAGUGGUCAACGUCCGCCAAGGUCAGACUGUGUACGAGAGUCUGGAUAAAGCUCUCAAAGUGCGAGGCCUCAGCCAAGACUGCUGCGCCGUGUUCCGCCUCCUGGAAGGUCGUAAGAGACUGACUGACUGGAACACAGACAUCACUCCUUUGGUUGGAGAGGAGCUGCUAGUGGAGGUUCUGGACGACAUUCCUCUCACCAUGCACAACUUUGUACGGAAAACGUUUUUCAAGCUGGCCUACUGUGAUUUCUGCCACAAGUUUCUUUUUAAUGGCUUCAGAUGUCAGACAUGUGGCUACAAGUUUCACCAGCACUGCAGCAGCAAGGUCCCCACCGUGUGUCUGGACAUGGACACGGUGAGCAAGCGGUGUGACUCCAACUCCUGCACAGAGGACUUUCCUGUGAUAGUACUGCCAGAAAGUUCUCCAUCUCAGAGAAAUUUAGCCUUAACCCCAGAGCCUUCUGGAAUGGACCUCCUGUCUCCACCCUCGACCUUCCACUUUCCCGUAUCAGGAGGAGAAGGUCAGUCUCUGCAGAGGCACCGCUCCACAUCCACCCCCAACGUCCACAUGGUCAGCACGGUGGACCUCGCCAGUGUCAGCAUCAUUGAGGAAGCACUGAAGUUCAACACAAUAGGUCCCGAACCCUCACCCAAACCCUCCACCAGUCCGCCCUCUUUUCUUGGUUCUCCUGGGAAAAAGCCUCCGAAAUCCCCCUCCGAACACAAAGAGCGCAAACCUUCCUCGUCUGAUGACAAGAAAAAGGUGCAUCGAGGCAACAGGGACUCCAGUUACUACUGGGAGGUCCACUCUCGAGAAGUCCAGAUCCAGAAGAGGAUAGGCACCGGCUCCUUCGGGACAGUCUACAAGGGAAAGUGGCACGGCGACGUGGCCAUCAAGAUCCUGAAAGUGAAGGAGCCGACACCUGAGCAGCUGCAGGCCUUCAAAAAUGAAAUGCAGGUUCUACGGAAAACUCGCCAUGUCAACAUCCUGCUGUUCAUGGGAUACAUGACCAAGCCCAACUUCGCCAUCAUCACGCAGUGGUGUGAGGGCAGCAGCCUCUACCGCCACCUCCACGUGUCGGAAACCAAGUUUGACACCAUGAGGCGCAUUGACGUGGCCCGACAGACGGCGCAGGGCAUGGAUUAUCUCCACGCCAAGAACAUCAUUCACCGAGACCUGAAGUCAAACAACAUUUUUCUCCACGAGGGCUGGACCGUAAAAAUAGGAGACUUUGGUUUGGCCACGGUGAAGGCUCGAUGGAGCGGCUCUCAGCAGGUGGAGCAGCCCAGUGGAUCCAUUCUGUGGAUGGCUCCUGAAGUGAUCCGAAUGCAGGACAACAACCCGUACACGUUCCAGUCGGAUGUGUAUGCGUACGGCGUGGUGCUGUUUGAGCUCAUGUCGGGAACGCUGCCUUACUCCAACAUAAACAACAGAGACCAGAUCAUCUUCAUGGUGGGACGUGGGUACUUGUCUCCUGACCUCAGUAAGCUCUACAGCACAUCACCCAAGUCCAUGAAAAGGCUCAUCGUCGACUGCUUGAAGUUCAAGAGAGAUGAGAGGCCUCUGUUUCCUCAGAUCCUGGUCUCCAUCGAGCAGGUGCAGGACCUGUUACCAAAAAUCGAGCGCAGCCGCUCAGAGCCUUCGCUCCACCGGGCCGUCCACGCUGAAGACCUGAACCCCCUCCUGUUCCAGACCACCAGACUCAUGCCCCUUUAACCCCCCUCCCUUGUGGCACUGGUUCCCGGUCUGCCUCCAGGUCCAGAACUGCUGCCUGCAAGGCUCAGUUAGCCGGCAGGACCUAGCUGCACUCCUCUACGCCGGAGUGCACCUUUCCAAUUUUUAAAUUUUUUUUUUUUACAUUUUUUGUGUUUGCGGGAGGAGCAAAACAACUAAACCUCAUCUUAUCAGACUGUGAGCCAAGAUCUGCCCAGCAGGCCCAGGUCAGGCUGUGAGGAUCACGGAGGUUCCACCUUUGUGGCUGCAGAAGUUUGAAGCUUUGAGGUCACAGCCAGAACCUCCAACACCAGCAGGAGCCGCACACCCACUGUGCCCUGACUCUUUCCUCACGAUGGUUCCGGACAGACGUUCAGCAGAGCUCCAGCUGAGACCGACGGCAACUAUGCAAGUGUUCCCUCAACGCUUUUUUGAAAAUACUCGAGGAAAUGGGUACAGAGCUCCUUCUGUCUGUGGAGGAGGUCCACGACCAUCAAACUUAGAACUCUUCAUCUGGAGACCGGGUUUCUGGGGUGGUGUGGGGGAGGCAGCUGACGGCUUCGGUCAUGGAAGUCUCUGAGGUGACGGGAAUUCAGCUGUGAGGUGAUGGAGGUGUUGGCGCCGCGCUUCAUCAGAGGCUCAGUCCUGUGGCGGCUGCAGCUGCUGGUCUCCCGCGUUGUGAUGGUGCACGCCGCCUGAGCCACGACAAACGAAGAAGCACACGUGAAGCUGAGGAAGACCAGCAUUUGUUCCCGUUGGCUUUUGUGGAUUUUGGGGCAGCGUGUCGGGUGUGUUCGGCUCAGGUUGGUUCUGGUGGGACAGCCGCUCCUGCGAGCUCUAAAGUUCCCGGGACAAAGCUGGCAGGUUGAGAUCAGUUCGGUGUUUUGUUUUGUUUUUUCCCCCUCUGCUGUGCGCUGCUGCACAAACCUUCCUCUGUGGAGUCGGCUACAGCCAAGUAUUCAGAUUACACAGCUGUGACACGGUCUGUGUGCAGGUCAGUCUCUGUCUCAGAUGCAGCGUGGAACCAGCACCUCCUGCUGCAGGCAGGUGGACUUCAAUUCUGCCUUGAGCUCUGAGCAGGGCUUCAUUCAGCUGUGCUGGACCUGCAGCCCUGUCGGUUUGCCUGCGUGCUCAUGCAGACGCACGUUAAGCCCGCGCGCAUGCGCCUGCGUAGCCCCCUCCUGCCGGCUGUAGGUGUUUGCUGGUUUACAGGGCAGUAGGUCAGUGCCCCCACCCUCAGGCCAGGCUCCUGACCUUGCAGGUGUGUGGCCGUCUCCUCAGCGGGCGAGGUGUGAGUUCAAAAGAACACAAAAGCGCACCACUUCAUGCUAACUCCUAACUCUGCGAAGGGCUGGACUCCCUGACAAUUUCUUCGGUUCAUUCCAGGUCUGUGGGUUGGUGGGGUGGGGGUUAUGAUGGGGGCAAGACGAGACUGUGUGUUUAUUUAUUGAUUGUAGAUGCUUCGUCGUGCGGCGCUGUGGUGCGGUUCUUAAAUGUUCUUAAAGACACGGUACGUCUGCUCCUCCACGGCGCCCGCCACAAGGUUUCACUACAAAACACUCGUUUGCAGCAACACUUGAGAAAACUGUAGAGUAUUAUGUGGGGGGUUAAGGGGAUGAAACGGCUGUAGGAAGUUCUACUAAACAUCCCCGCAUCAUGAGCUCGUGUAACGGGGCGGGAACAAGUGCCACGGCCCCAGGAGCCCUGCCGAUGCUGCACGCUGCUGCACUACACCCAGAGGCCUGCAGGGGGAGCCGGCAGGGGAGGGGUGGCAGAGCUGCAAACCAGUUUCUUUUGUCUUUUCAUAUCUGUAGGUGAAUUGCAAUACUUGUGUGUAGGUCUGCGGUGUCAGGGGUGUUCAGUUUGCAAUAAAUGGUAUAUUCUGCUGUGUACAGUUACAUUUUUUUUUAAUUCAAAAAAUUGUACUUCUAUUUUUGUGAGACGUUUCACAAAGAACAAAUAAUUUUAAAGGAAAUCUUAGUACUUUUUGUCUUAAAAUAUUGAAGCAGGAUUUAUUCUUGAGAUAAAUAAAAUGGAUCUGUCUAACUA